GAGCUAUCUCGCAUUCUCUUGGAGGUUCUGUUCAUGGUAACACUUGCAGGGCUAUUUCUGGGUUUGUAUCUUGAAAUUUCUCGUUUCUUUCUAUUUCAAAUGAUUCAAAAACUGGAUAAAGCACAGAAACUCCUUAUGUUGACACAGCUUUGAUGUCUACCUUAAUAUUAACUAUUCAGCCUUUUUUGUUUCAACGAGACGUUUUUGUGUGUAGUUCAUGAUUCAUGUCCGUGCCAUGUUACUUACUGGGGAAAAUUGGAAGCUUUCGUUGAAUAUCAUCUUUUCAAAUGAAACAUUUAUCAAAUAAACAAAAUUAAUAAGUGCGCUAUCAUUACUUUGUCGAUAAGGCAAAAACUUGGCUCUAUAAUGUUUACCAUGGUCACUGCAAGAUGAUGAUCAUCUAUUCGAACCGCACGCUACGCAGGCCUAAAUUAAAUGAAAUUUAUAUAUAUUGCCGUUUACUUUUGAAACGAUGCGAUCUCUGAAACAUUUUCCCCCAUUCUCUAUAUUAAAAGGCUAAAAGCGGGUUAUGGCAGUUAACUGAUAGCUGAGAUCUGACAGCCAGGUAAUUAACUGAUAGUUGAGGGAUGGACUGAAUUUUAAAAACCGAUAUUUGGUUUUCACAAAUUAUGAGCUGAUAAAGCAUCAUGGCCACCGUGGGGGAAUUAAGAAGCUCGCAUGACUUUUCUAGCCCUAACUCUUCGUCCGAAUACAAAAUACAAAAGGACCCUACGGUCGGUGGCCAAUCUAUUUUAUCAACGCAGUGGAUAAAACUAACUUGCUGUCCUUUAAAUCAGAUUUUAUGCAACCGAAAUGUCCAGCGAUAAGUCGAUGAGUUAAAGAAAAAAAAAGUUUUUUUGUGUGGGUUUGAAACUUACGCCUCUCGCACAGACGUUUAUUUCAGUAUUUCUAAUAAUUGUUCGAUCUUAAUGAUUCCGGAACUUGAUUAAGACAAACCGAAUGCAUGGCAAAUGAUUCGGAGGAUUAUAGUACUGAAUUGGUUCAACAGAAUGAGAUAACAGCAGGGGCCUAUGAAUAAGCAUGGUAUAAGCAAAGCGUCCCUCAUCACAAUUCAUAAAUACUAAAGAGCAUAACAAUUGAUACAUGCUAAGUACUUCACCGCAACAAUACCGACAUGGUGCCAUAUCCGUCAUACUGGGCAACAUAUUUAUUCCUACGUACUGAGAGGUUAAAUCAAUUUAUAAGUAUUACAAAUUUGUCCCUGGACGACCACAUACACACUAAAAGUCAAGUAUAGAAUGGGAAUGGGGUUUUGAUCGACGGACGAUCGCCUACCUCAACCCUCCAGCCCCACCCCCCCCAUUCCCUCCCCACUCCUUUUAUAUUCAUGGACAUCACAUUUUUAAAGAAUUGUGGGAUUCUAGUGCUGGAAACUAGCUGUGCGGCCGCCAUCUUUUACUUUGAAAUCACUGGAGAACAAUAACUUGUUGGGUGAAAUAUAUAUAGCUCCAAGCGGUUGUUUUCAGACUUGGAUAUCCAAAAUAAAUAUCAAUACAAACUGCCAAUAGUUAAGCAAGUGUCGCCUGCGGAGAUAAAGGCAGUCAACACCGCCGUAUACUCAGUUGAGGAAGAGACUGGUCUCUUUCGUUGAUAAAAAAAAUUAUAUGUGCCAAGAGGAUCGAUCAAGAAUACGACUUCCAUCUUUUGCCAGUCCAUGACCUUCUAAAUACAAAUAAAAUGUUUGUAGUAUACAUCAACCGGGAUUCACAUUUCAGAUGGCCUUUUACUUGUCGCUUUAUUUUUUUAAUUGUCUUUUUAACUUUAGUUUUUUUUUAAUAAUCUUUUUGCAAGCUGAUGGCUGCAUAGCCAUCAACUUUAUCUCCAUUUUGUAAUAAACUGGGCUUAACACCUGCAAUUCCUUAUCAUUGUUUGUUACCUUGUUUUACUAUUUGGCUUUUUUAGUUUUAUGCAUAAAAAUAACACCUUAAUUUCUUCAGUUGAAAGUUUAAAACUUUUUUAAGCUUUUACUUAAACCUUUUUAAAACACUUUUUUUCAAUUUGUCUUAGCCCGUAUUAGUUUCUGUAUAAGUCUGUGAUAUUCUUACACCCACCUGUCUGAGAAAACAUCUAUUAGGUACUACUUUUCACAGGUAGAGGAAGUGCCAUUAUUGUCGAUUACAAAGUCUUUGAAGAUGAGCACAAUUUCCAAGAAGCACAGAGUGCAUGCCAGCAGCAUGGUUUCGUUCGCCUUGCAAAGAUCAUAAAUAGAGAUAACCUUGAGGCAGCUCAAAAUUUGUCGAAAUUUAAUUCAAACAGAAAGUAUUGGAUGGGUCUCAGCGUGAAGUAAGUGAGCCAGUUUACUUGUCUAUGAAUACUGAAGAGCAAUAUGAUAGAUAAAAGCGACACAAAUAAAAUGCAAGCAACAUAUCCCCUACAUUUAUUAUUUGAUUUGAGAAAAAGAGAAACAUGUCUUGAAUUUAAAAUCACCAAAUGACAGGGGGAUUCAAUUUUUUAACAUGAGUGUGAAUUUCUCUAAAAAUCGUUCAACUUAUAAUUGCUUUUUUCUUUUUUCUCUGCAAGCAUCCUUUUAUACAGAGAUCAAUUUGUAUAUCAAGAUUACCUUAAUUUGUACAGGUUUUAAGUAAAAUAGGGUAAGAUCUUAUAUAGCAGAAUUUGUUCCAAAUCAUUGCAAUUCAUUCUUUAAUAAAAAUGACGUCAUUGUGACAUCUUUGCUAUUGUUAAAGUUUUGUGUGUGUGUGUUGGUCAUUUUCUUGAUUUUGUCAGACACCUUACUGUUUAAGCAUUUUUCGCUUUGAGGAGAUUGACGAAAUUUUGAUUCUGCCAAUAAAUUCAACAAUAUGACGUCAUAAUAACGUCAAAUUAUGUCAUUGUGCCAGUAACUUUAAAAUAAUGAAUAUAUUACAUUCUGUGUCAUUUUGGUGACGUUACCAUCAGUGGUUUCAAAGUUACAUGGGAGGGCGGGGGGAAGGACUGCGAAGCCCCCCUUCUCCCGGUCGCAGGAAGCACAAAAAUGCCCGGUCUUAAUAGGGUUAGUGCAAUUCGAUUCCAUUUUAUUUUACUUUUUAAUUACGAUUAUUAUUAGCAUUCAUCUUAGUAAGUCGUUUAUACUAUUCCACAACUUUUUUCCGUAGCCGCAGUAAAUGGUACUGGAGUACGAGUAAAGAAACAAUUACGAUCAGACCAGAGUUAAGUGAGUUGCUGGAUCAAAAUAAAGCUGAAAACUUUUCACAUACGGGAGCUUUCUGCUUUAUGGUUACCAAUAGAUCAGAACUGGAAAUGGAUAAAUGUGAAGCAAAUCAUUAUUACAUUUGUGGACAGUAUAGAGGUAGGUUUAAGAUAUUAAAGUAAAGGGUAAAAGUAUUCAUAAUGAUUUGUAAUUUGCGUGCAUGUCUGUGUGUACGGCUUUUAGAGAGUAUAUUACAAUUACAAAACACUUUUGAAUUAACAACUUAUCCCCUAAAUCGCCACCAAAAAUCAGCUCUUCCAGUUUGAAGGGAACUUGUACGAGCAAGUGGACGGUGUAGCCAUGGGCUCACCCCUAGGUCCCCUAAUGGCAAACGCCUUCAUGUGCAAAAUCGAGAAACAGCUGGAAACAGAGAACAAGUUGCCUACCUUCAACAAGCGCUAUGUCGAUGAUACACUUAGCGUAAUGCCGGAUCUGACAGCAGCCUCAGAAUUCCUGACGACAUUAAACGAGAGUCAUCCCUCUAUCAAUUUGACAAUGGAGCUCGAAGAAAAUGGCAAGCUUCCCUUUCUCGGAAUGAAUGUUAUCAGGAAUGGUUGCCGCCUAGACACCACGGUUUACAGAAAACCAACGGACACUGGACUUCUGCUACACUACCACAGUCACGUUGACGCCAGAUACAAACGGUCACUCCUGAACACCAUGCUUAACCGUGCGUUUAAACUCUCGUCUAAGUGGAAGUUUUUUCACAAGGAAUGUGAACGCCUUAAAGAGAUCUUCUCCCGACUACGCUAUCCAGACGACCUUGUGCAGUCAACCAUUCGCCAAUUCAUUGAAUCCAAAGUGUCCGAGGAUUCACACACCCAAGUGGCUGAUAAAAGAGAAGCCCCAAUCAGAAUCGUGUUGCCCUUCAAAGACCAGAAAUCAGCAAACGUAGUACGUAAACAGCUGGCUGACCUGAGUAGGAAGAUCAACGCAGACAUCAGCCCAGUUUACACAAGUAGGAAGAUCAAAGAUGAAAUUAAGGUCAAGGAAGACAAGCCGCCUCUUGUGAGUCAACAAUGCGUGGUGUAUUCUUUCCAGUGUAGCCUGUGUGAUGCAGGCUAUGUCGGCUACACGUGCCGACACCUACCCCAACGAAUUGAAGAACACAAAGGAUGGGCAAUCGGAAACCACCUCAGAGAGCAGCAUGAUAUGGAGCCUGAAGACAUCGCACAAAGUUUUAGAAUCUUAAGAAAGUGUCAGAACAAAUUUGACUGCCUUAUUUUUGAACUGUUUUUUAUCCAAGAACUGAAACCGACGCUUAACAAACAGUGCGAUUCAAUUCGCGCCAAAUUAUUUGUUUAGAGUAGUUCUUGUUAACAUUGUUUUAUUUCCAUUGUUUUUUGACUUUAUAAAUAUUUUUAGCACUUUUUACAUUUUUACAUAUUUUAUCACAUUUUAGCGUUCACCACAUUUUUAUCUAUUAUAACUUGUUUUUAACUUAUUUAUGCUAAUUUAGAGAACUUUUGUACACUUGAAAAUGACCUCGGAGAUGUCGAAACGUCGUGAUUUUUUAUCGCUAAUAUUUAUCUCAAAUAUCCCCUAAAAGCAGUACUUAAAGUUUGUAUCGUUGAAGUACUUCCGUCGUACUAUUUUCUAUCCUCCCAAACUUCUGUUUAAGCAAGUGAUCGGGCUCUAUUACAGCUCUUUUAGUCCUCUUCUGGAAAUCAGCCAUUAGAUUGCAGAUCAUGGUAUUUUCAAAAGAUUCUUUUUGGAAUAGAACAGUGUUUAUUUAACAAGUUUGGUAGCCUUAAAUGUGCUCUGUUCUGUUGUAAAGCACUUAGGAUGGGCU